AUGUGCCCCAUGGGCAGUGCGUCACCACGUGUCGUGCCGCCAGGAAUGUACCUCGUCCCAGCGCAAGACCCGACGACGCUAAGCGUCACCAUGCUGGUUACGCGCUGCCCUCCAGGCUCGUACUGUGUGUAUGGACAAGCCUUUCCAUGCCCUGUCGGUCGAUUUGGGGCCACGGAGGGACUCAACUCGAGCCGAUGCUCGGAUGCGUGUCCAUCUGGCUCGCUCUGCGUCGCGGGCACCGUCGCGCCGAUGCCCUGCAGCGACCCGGCCUCGUUUUGUCCCGCCGAGAGCUACGCGCUGCACCAUGUUGGCGUUGGCAACUACUCGAUUCCGCUCGACUCCCAAUACCACAACGACCAAGCCGUGUGUGAACCGGGGCACUACUGCAUCGACGGCGUUCGAUCGCCGUGUCCGGCGGGUACCUUUGGCAGUGCGUUUGGCUUGACAACACCAGCUUGCAGUGGGCAGUGUGCACCGGGGUACCACUGUCCACAGGGAAGUCUGCUCGCGACCGCCAACGAGUGCGGCAGCCCACACACGUACUGUCCGGAAGGCUCGCCGCACCCCCAGUUUAUAGCCAGCGGCUACUGCGGCGUGGGAACGUCAGCAACGACGCAGGCGGCGCAAGCACUUGCACCACCGGGCUCGUUUGCGUUGGAAGGUCAAUGCUACUCGUGUCCCGGCGGUUCCUAUGGCACCGAUCCCGGCAGCAUCUCACCGACGUGUUCGGGCGUCUGUGCACCGGGGUACUACUGCCCUCCAGGAAGCACGUCGCCGUUCCAAGUGACGUGUGGGCUCGGAGCCUACUGCCCCACCGGCUCGGCGUCACCACUAUCGGUCACCCGCGGUUUCUAUUCGUACAUUGCGACAACCGAUGCGUGUGGUCCCGGGCUCUAUCGCAGCGCGUCGACGUCGCUGGCCGCGCUCUUGCUCGCUGGUUGGUCGGCCAUUGCCGUCGACUAUGGUGACGCGCUGUUUCCUUAUGCGCCGUGUGUGCCGUGCCCGCUGGGGACCUUCAAGCCAGACCAAGGCGACGACCAGAGUCUUUGCCUCGCGUGCCCGCUGUUUACGUCGACAAGCUCGAUCGAUCGCACCACGUGCACGUGCUAUCGCGUCUCGGGGGGCGCGGCGUGGGAUGCGACGACGACCGCCUUGUACUUUGAUGGUGUCGACUGCAUCGAUCUCCCCGUGUCCACCCAAAUGGUGUCGCUUCUGGCGCCCAAUUCGUCGUGGACCAAGGACCGAGAAGCCGCUUGCGAGCCAGGUUAUUACUGCGUCCAGGGUGCGCGGGAGCCCUGUCCUGCUGGCCGGUAUGGCACGUCGUGGAAGGAAACCAACCCGCUGUGCACGGAUGCGUGUCGACGGGGACACUACUGCCCGGUGGCCAGCGCCCACGAUGCCAUGAAACCAUGCGGGGCCCCGUACUUGUACUGCCCCUCGGGCUCGCCGUACCCUGUCGCUGUCACGGCAGGCUACUACUCGCUCGACUCGAUCUCGGGGCUCUUCUCCGACCUCACGCGCCGCGACGCUCAAGCACCAUGUGAGCCGGGGGCGUUUUGUAAGUACGGACUUCAAUACCCGUGCCCGGGCGGGCGCUACGGCAGCGCGGCCCAAGAGACCUCGUCCCUGUGUACGGGUCUCUGCCAGCGAGGCUUCUACUGUCCUCCGGGCAGCACGCGCCCGACACAGGUGGCGUGCGGAAACGCUUCUGUCAUCUGCCGCCGGGGAUCGGCGGUACCCGAGCCCGUUGCGGUGGGCUACUACUCGGGUGGUGACACGUCCCCAACGGAAGCGCUGGAUCGCGACAGCAUGCGUUGGUACCAGCUUCCUUGCCCCUUGGGGUCCUAUUGCGUCGACGGGACAUCGUUUCCAUGCCCCGGCGGCACGUAUGGAGGUGUCACACAACUUACUCGGCCCACGUGCUCUGGCCUCUGUGCGCCGGGGUACUACUGUCCGCCAGGCAGCGUCGCCUCUCAAGCUUUCUCGUGCGGUAACGUGAGCGUCUACUGUCCUCCGGGGUCAACACAGCCCCUCGCCGUAUCGGUGGGGUAUUACACCACGGGGGGCACCAACAGUACACGGUCGGGCCAAGCGCUCUGUCCGAUCGGGUCGUUUUGCCAGCAUGGUGUGCUCUACCAGUGCCCCUCUGGGACCUACGGCAGCACGACGGGGUUGACCGUCGAGACGUGCAGCGGCUGGUGCCGUGCAGGCUACUUUUGUCCCCCCGGCACCGUCUCGGCGACCGCCAACGCCUGCGGACCGUCGUCGUACUCGAUCGACGGCCAAGGCGACUGCAUGGCGUGUCCGUCGGCCCGACCUGCCAUGCCAUGUCAAAACCGUCGCGCGUGUUGCCAGUAGCUAGCCCUAUUCACUCUCUAUUUCAUCAUGACCGUACUGGAUUGUCCCAGUUUGCACUUUCCACACCUAACCCUAACCUAAC